AUGAUGGGUUCCCCGCCUGACGACAGUCCAACAGGACUAUAUGGGUCACGACCCGCUGAUAUUUUACAUGACCGUUUUCGACGAGGAAAUCCGGAGUCAGUCAGGCAGCUUUCGCUACGUGUGCGUCUGGCGGAAGAAAGAGCAAGUCGUUUUAAAAGGGAAAAAGAAGAAUUAAAGUUCGCAAACGAUAAGCUUUCCAAGGAAGUGGAGGAGAACCGGAAUCUUGUGAUUUCAACACGUCGGGAAUUCCAGGAUCGCAUUGAGGAGCUGGAAAAACAGCUUCAGCCAGAAUUGCAUGGUCCGCCGUACUAUGUCUCUGAAAAAAUCUGUUUUGAUGCAUCGGUCGGCACUGAAGGAGAAGCUAGUUGUUCAUCAAUAGGAGGAGUGACAACUAGUUUGGCUGAAAGAGAGAUGAAUUCACCGAGAAGUGGUUUCGAUGAGUUUAGGGCUACCCUUUCCUUUAUGAAACCACGUUCUCGUCAAUAUAGUUCAGAUAUUUUAGUUUUUGAAAUUUCUGUUACAGAAGGAAUAAAAAUUACUCAUAAAGAAUCUCAUGAUCAGGCAGUAGUAACCGAUUUUGAAGAUCGCUUAGGAACUAGAAGUGAGUUUGAGGAUCGGACAAAGUUAGAAGCUGAGAAAUUUUUCCUGGAGACACAGCUCAAACUAGCACGGAGCAAACUUGAUCAUUACGGACUUCAAGAAAUUCAGAAGAAGAAUUUGGAGAAGAGGAAUGUUGCACUUUCCGAAACUAUUGAUUCUUUAGUUGUUAGUCAAUUAUUCUACGCUUGCUUUCGACUAGCUUUGAUUUUAAAUGCCCUUUGUACGGCUGAAGUUGAAAAACUGAAAGAUAUGGCUGUUGAGAAAGCGGAAAGUGGCUCUGACGACCGAAUUGCAGCGCGCAAAAUAGUUGACCUGACACUGGAUUACCAGAAGAAAUUGGAUAGUAAGACUGCCGAACUAGAACUAAAAACAAAGCAGCUGGAGGAGCUAACUCGUAUUCAUAGCUCUGCUUUGACUAGUCUAGAGACCUUGAAAGAGAAAUAUAAUUCUAUAAAGGAGAAAAUUGAACAGGAUCAGAAACAGGCUGCUCCGAGUACCAAUGAAGAGUUACAGAAAUACAUUGAGGAGAAUGCUCAGUUAAAAGAAAGACUUUCAAAAUAUGAACAGAUUACUGCCAGUGACACGACAAUGAUUUUGCAUUAUCGUAUGAAUCCUUUGGACGUUGCUCAUGAGGAGUAUAAGGAGUUUGAGACUAAAAGGAAGAGAAAAGCGGAGGUGUCGACUCUGUGCUUUGAAGACGAUCUUGAUGCAACAGUAAGAAGGAAGCAGCGUGAAGAACUUGUAAAACAAGUUUCCGAUUUGCAGUUCCAAUUACAUAAGUCGGAGAAGGAGAAGGAAAGAGCAUUAAAAAUCCAAAGUGAUUUAGUGAAGCAAUAUAGAGCUAUUGUUACUGCUCUUUCUGGCUGGCAGAUCAAGAUGAAAGAUGACGGGUUUGCAGAAAUUGAGAGCGUUUUUAACCCUGGCAACUUUUUCAUAUUUAAGGUUGAGAAUUUUGGGAAAUCUGUGAGCCUUUUGGAGUCCGAUUAUGCGAAUAAAUGGUCCAAUCAAAUUCAUGAGUAUCUAGAAGGUCGGGACUCUGUCCCUGCAUUUUUAGCAGCCGUAACUCUUCUGCUGGAUGAGCAGUCACAGAGCACGCAGUAUUCUCUUUCAUUUGACUAG